AUGAUUAAGCUCGCCGUUCUUCUACUAUUCGUCACCUAUGCUGCAGCAGGAGGAGGUCAUAGACGGAGAGGCCCAACAAGAUGCGGUCUUCCCUCGUUCACCGGCCGCUUACCAGAAGACGCUCAGGAGAAAAUCAAGAAAAUCUGGGAGCACUACGAAGACGGUCAAGGAUGUGACAAAGAACAUCAAGAAACUAAGGAUAUACUCGACGAACUACCCGCUGAUGUUAGAAAUCGAGCGAUGCGACCGAGAGGUCCAGCAUUCCUCAAAGGUGUUUCCGAUGAGGUACGCGCUAAAUUCGAUGCUUUAUGGAAAGAUCAUUCGAUUUCAAGGGAGGAGAAGCCGGAGAAAUUCAAGGAACUAGCCGAAAAGGUUCUGAACGCUGAACAAUUGAAGGAGUUCAAUAAAUUCCAUGCGGCUCUACAACGACGACGAGAUGAGUUCCAGAAAAAGCUGAAGGAGCUCACUCCUGAAGCUCGUGCUGCACAUGAAAAGCUUUCCAAGCUCAGAGAGGAAAGACACAAGAUCUUCAUGGAAGCCAGUGAAAGUGUGAGAGGGGAACUGAACAAACUUUACCAUGAUGACAGAAGAAAGCAGAUGGAACGAAGGAAACGUCAAUGA